CUUUGAUGAUAUUUUAGCAUCUUUGGUGUCCGUCAGAGGUUGAAAAUGAGACAGAGAUUGAGAGAAGAAACUGUAGAGGGGGACGUGACGCCCGGUGGAUGAAGAUGAGCGCCACACACUGAUUUUGUGCUUACUGCUGAGCAUGAUAACAGGGGCUGUGGCAGUGGAGGAAGUUGUCAUCCAGUGGAGUAGCAGUGUAGUGGCAGCAGUGGUUACAACAACACUGGUGGAUGGCGUGGUGGCGGGCUCCAGGGAACCUCUCACCUGCUGGACGUGCUCCUCCAACAGCCAUGGCUCCGACUGCUACGAUCUGGACCAUGAUAAUGUUACCUUCACCACCUCUGCUUCCAGGAAUUGCACACCUGAGGAGACAUUCUGCACUGUGAAAAGGGUCUGGUAUGUAGUUGAGGCAGGAGAAGAAAAGAUGGACUUUGGAGUUAAUCGUACAUGUGCUGCCGUCUGCAACCCAUCAUGUAUGGUCAUUGGUGACAGAACCAAGAUCUACUCGUGCACAUCGUGUUGCUCUGAGUCCUACUGCAACACUGGCAGCUCUGCUUCUCCCAGGCACUCCAGCUGCACCCAACUUCUCCUGGUCGCUCUUAUUGCUGCCCUCGCACCCACACUUACUUCUGUCUUCGUACCUACUGUGACCUUCGCUCUAGCACCAACGUUGACCUACACAGCUACACAGGUCAUUGGUUUCAACUCCCAGCUGGGUGUUCAUGUCCGCAGAGAUGCCCUGGCUCUCGGCUCCUUCCUUUUCAUUGUUGUCUUGGCUUCUUCCAGCAUUUGUCACAUCUUUUGAAAUCUUCAUAUUUUUACAAAAAAAAAAAAACUUCUUUUUUACAACAAUGUGGUAAUUUUUUAUUGAAGUCAAUCACUGGCAGAGCAUCAAUGUUUUCCUAUCAGAAUUAAGAAAGAGUAUAUUUUAGUUCAAUUACCAAAGAAAUCGAUUAGAAAAUAUUUUGAACUUUUAUGAAAUGCAUUACUGUGAAUGAUACUACAUGUGAUAAUAGCAAAGUUAAGUAAAUUAUAGUAAGUUAGACUUGUUGAUGUUCAAGGUCCUGCCUUGCCUAGGCUCUCUUUAGGGUUACAGGUGUAUGGGGUCCAAUGGUUUAUGUUAUAUGGAGUGUAACCUGAAAUUUGACUCGUCUGAUCUUCCAAAUGGAGCCACAGUACUCCAUUGUUUUGAUGUUUCCUAAUGUUAUAUAUGACCCAUGUUUUACUCUGCUGAUCCAUUAUUCCAGCUCCAGUAACCAGAUGAGAGACACUGGUUGUCGUCCGCUGGAAGUAAAAAUACUGUACGUAUUGUAUUGUAUUGACAUAUCCUCUGUAGACAUAUCAUUUAAAAAGAAAGAACAGCUUCCAAUAUAAGUUUUGUUUACCUUGAUGGUGACACAGUGGAUUCAACUCCCAACUCUGAAGCAUGCAUUAUAACAACACAUUUAAGAACUAUACAGUAGAUCUUUAAACCUCAAGAUGUAAUAAGUCUGAAAAAAUAGGUUGCUUAUGGAACGGAUGUAAGUCUCAUCAUACCUACCAACUUGUUGGCAGUAAGGUGCAGGUGAAUCAGUAUAUAAUAUUGAUGGGGAAGCACUAACCCAGAAGGGUUAUACAGUGCCUAGGGAAUGAGAUUAGUGGGUAGAAAUCAGGUUUCACCCAAGGAAGGGUAAGGUUGCUCCAGUUCCUAGUAUUAGGCCUUCAGCAGCAGCAAGGCAACCUCCCAUGAUGAGGAGACAAUACAAGUUAGCUAAACUAAAAGUCAUAAUUUGUUCAUAUUUUCUUUGUAUCUCUGGGGUUACUUAAUCAGUUCAUUGGGCAAUAUUGGUCUAAAUAUUACUAUAAAAAAUUGUCUUGAGGUUUAUUGGGCAAUAAUGUAGACAUCUUGAUAUUCAGUGGUGAAGUAGCAUCUUGAUGUUAAUAAGUAGAUAUCGUAGAUAUCUUGAUAUACAUUUGUUGAGAACGCAAUAGUCUCAUUGCUCAUCAUUGAGAUGGUAGACACAUUGACGUUCAUUGGUAGAAAAUUUAGUCAUCUUGAUGCUUAUUGGGCAGAGCUUUAGUUAUCUUUAUAAUGAGUGUUUGAAACUCAUGUCUCGGCAAUUCAUAGCUAUAAACAUCUCAAGUGCUUUGAUGGUGAGUUGAUAAAGCUUGUAUUCUUUGCUGUCAUAGCCUCUUUGUUUUAUUUAUAAAUGUUGCAAUAAUUCAACCCUUAAUAGACUUGGUUCAAGAGAAAAUUAGCACAAAAUAACAGCACAGCAGUAAAACUAUGCUAAUUAAAAAAAUAUCUUCGAUCCUUUGUAACCUACAUACCUAUAAAUAAAAUUGAAAAGUGUUAUUAAAAGAA